UCACUCCGCUCCAUUCUCUCUCACGUCUCGUCAUUGACGCGGCGCCGGCGCUUUGUGUACUUCGCUCAGCUCCGCUCCGCUGCGGUUCAGCCCCUGACCGGCGCAUUCAGGGAAGGGCAACAAGAGAGGAAUAUGUGUUCCUGCGGCUGAAACGGCGGCAGAAAGUGAUUGCUAAGAUAAGAAAUUUGAGUCUCGGGAGUCUGCAAGGCUGGAACUGCACAGUGUCACUUGAAGAUCCUGCUUGCUGCUUCACAGUCUGCUGAACACCGUGCAACUCUGGUCAUAGGUUUGCUGGAAUGGGUAAUCUCAUUAAGGUGCUAACCAGGGAUAUAGACCACAAUGCUGCCAAGUUUUUCUUGGAUUUUGAAAGUACAUUAUCAUGGGAAACCUUCUUAAAGUAUUGACUUGCACAGACCUUGAACAGGGACCAAAUUUUUUCCUUGAUUUUGAAAAUGCACAACCCACUGAAGCUGAACGGGAGGUAUGGAACCAAGUGAAUGUAGUAUUAAAAGACGCAAGGGGUAUUCUGGAUGAUCUCCAAGCAUACAAAGGGGCAGGAGAGGAAAUAAGAGAGGCAAUACAACAUCCAAAUGAUGAUAAUUUACAGGAAAAAGCAUGGGGUGCUGUGGUACCAUUAGUUGGAAAACUAAAAAAGUUUUAUGAAUUCUCCCAGAGGUUAGAGGCAGCAUUGCAUGGCCUCCUUGGGGCCUUGACCAGUACGCCUUACAGUCCCACUCAGCAUUUAGAGCGAGAGCAGGCUCUUGCUAAGCAGUUUGCGGAAAUUCUGCACUUCACUCUCAGAUUUGAUGAACUCAAGAUGACUAACCCUGCAAUACAAAAUGACUUCAGCUAUUACAGAAGAACUUUGAACCGCAUGAGGAUUAACAAUGUCCAGGCAGAGGGAGAAAAUGAAGUAAAUAAUGAAUUAGCUAACCGAAUGUCCCUGUUUUAUGCUGAAGCAACGCCAAUGCUAAAAACUUUAAGUGAUGCCACAACAAAGUUUGUAUCAGAGCACAAAAACCUGCCAAUAGAAAAUACCACAGACUGUUUAAGCACAAUGGCCAGUGUAUGUAAAGUCAUGCUGGAAACGCCGGAAUACAGAAGCAGGUUUGCAAGUGAAGAAACAGCCUCAUUCUGCUUACGGGUCAUGGUGGGCGUCAUAAUUCUUUAUGACUAUGUUCAUCCUGUUGGGGCUUUUGCAAAGACUUCCAAGAUUGAUAUGAAAGGGUGUAUUAAAGUCUUGCGAGAACAGCCUGUAAACAGUGUAGAAGGCCUACUUAAUGCUCUCAGGUACACAACUAAGCAUUUGAAUGAUGAGACUACCUCCAAGCAAAUCAAGUCUAUGCUGCAGUAACACCGACUCCUUGGGAUAUAGCGCCUUGACUGCAGAAAGACAUGGGAGACAGUAUUCCCUUAUGGCUGAGAUGCACAGAUUGUUUUAAUAUAAUGAAAUUGCUACCUUUUUUUUUUUUUUAAAUAAAAAAAAAAAAGUUUAUUGCUCUUAAAUUAAGCAGAUAUCUUCAUUUUCCGUGCCAAAAUUUUGUUCAAAAAAGUGAAAAAAGUUAAAGAAAACUGUAAACCUAAAUGUUUUAUGUUUCAGAAUGGCCAUAAUGCAAGUGGCAGCUAAUGAUGCAUACUCCGGGGGAUUGUCUGCAAAAGGGGUAAUUAAUCGACUUGAAAGUAAAAGACUUCAAGAAAAAAAAAAUAUUUUUGUUUCAACUAAUAUUUAAUACUGCUUUUUCAGCAUGACAGGAUUGCCUCUCCGCUAUUUAAGAAUUAGUGCAUCUUCAUUUUUUUUUUUCUAAUUCUGAUUUGUGUGAACAUUAAAAAAAUAAAUCUGAAAUUGUUUAAAUUAUGUGUUUUGUUGUACAAGAGGUACCCAGCACAAUGGAAUUCAGAUUGUAAUGUUUUGGAUUUUUUUUUUAUACUUGUGUUUUGUUUAUUAUUAUUUUUGUAUGAGUGUGUGUUUUAAGUUGACCUUUAAUUUGAUAACUAACUUUAAACUGUGAUGUGUGCGUAACAGGAAAAAUGCGUAUGCAUGUACUUAUAAAAUGAAUGGCUGUGGAAUAAAUAAAAAGCUUUUGUUUUUCUAAAA